CUAAUCAGAUUUUCUCUUAAAAUACCCAUAAUGUUAGCUUUAACAAAAACCCAUUUCUCCACUUGCCCUACGGUUUGAAUCCUUCUACUGCUUCCAUUGAAUUCAAAUUCAGUUUCUUUUAGGCCUUUUAUCGAACAUUUAAGCUGCACUUUUUGUGUGUGUGUGUGUGUGUAAUUUUGAUUUGAAAUCAUGGGAUGUGUUCUUGGAAAGUGUUGUUCUAGAUAUCCAUCAUCAUCAGAUGGUGAUUCAGGUCACCGUAAAGAAAAGAAACCUUACAAAUGCAAACACAUUCUCACAGAAAGGUCAUUGGAGUUGAUUCCUGUUCCAUCUCACAAAUUUACUUUGCAGUGCUCAGCCUUAACACAGCAUGGAUACUACCCAGACACAGUGGAGAGGGAAAACCAAGAUAGCUUCUGCAUCAAAACAAAAAUUCAAGGUGACCCAAAUGUUCAUUUCUUUGGUGUCUUUGAUGGACAUGGUCAAUAUGGUGCUCAAUGUUCCAAAUUUGUUAAGGAUAGGCUUAUAGAGAUGCUAUCUAGUGACUCCUCACUGUUGAAUGAUCCUUUGAAAGCUUAUAAUUCAGCAUUUUUAGCUACCAAUUCUGAGUUACAUGAUAGUGAGAUUGAUGAUACUAUGAGUGGUACCACAGCAAUAACUGUGCUUGUUGUUGGGAAUACACUUUAUGUUGCUAAUGUGGGGGAUUCGAGAGCUGUGGUCGCUGUUAAGGAUGGGGAUCAAGUUUUGGCUGAGGAUUUAUCCGAGGAUCAAACACCAUUUAGGAAAGAUGAGUAUGAAAGGGUGAAGCUUUGCGGUGCCAGGGUCUUGAGUGUUGAUCAAGUGGAAGGCCUUAAAGACCCGAAUGUUCAAAAUUGGGGCGAUGAAGAAAGCCAAGGCGGUGAUCCUCCAAGGUUGUGGGUUCCUAAUGGGAUGUAUCCUGGGACUGCAUUUACUAGGAGCGUAGGCGAUAGUACAGCGGAGACGAUUGGUGUGAUUUCUGUACCCGAGAUUAAAGUUGUUAAGCUCACACCUAAUCAUCUAUUCUUUGUUGUUGCAAGUGAUGGAGUUUUUGAGUUUCUCCCAAGUCAAACUGUUGUCAACAUGGCAGCGGCAUACACGGAUCCCAGGGAUGCAUGUGCUGCAAUUGCUGGAGAAUCCUACAAACUUUGGUUGGAUAAUGAAAAUCGGACCGAUGAUAUUACAAUAAUCAUUGUACAGAUUAAAGGAUUGUCAAAUUCGGGUGCUGGUGCCACAGAUAGCGGAGUGGAUUGCAGGCCAAUGGUUAUGAGGUCGGUAAAGGGAAGUCUCAAUAUGUGCAGUGUCUCGGAGUCGGAAACAUAUGGUUCAGUAAGAAGUGAUUUUUCAGAUACACAGCAGUCUUUCCAACAGAGUGUUUCGAUGAAUCGAAGUGCUGCGAUUGUUGUUCCAUCGCCGAUGCGGCAGAGGCCUUUACAAUUAGAUGUGGGGUAGACGAAA